AUGACUGACACUUUGGUUUUCGACAACACUUUGGCGGAUGGUGAAACUGUUCAUGAGAUGAUGGCUCAUAAGGGUGGAAUCACCUACAACGAUUUCAACAUUCUUCCUGGACUCAUCAACUUUUCGGUGAAUGAUGUCGACUUGACAACAAAGAUCACCAAGGAUAUUGAGAUCAAAUGCCCAUUGGUGUCUUCGCCAAUGGAUACGGUUACCGAGUCGUCGAUGGCGACUGUUAUGGCGGUUAGUUUAGCAGAAGCCUUAGAAGAUGCCGGGCUCGAGAUCGCAGCCAGGCCCUCUGUAAUUUUAGGCCUCAUUUUCCAGUUUGAUUUACUCUCUUGUUUCUCACACAUAAUCUAAAAAGGCAAAUGUUCUUUGACUCGGAAAAAAAUUAAUAAAUCUUAUACUAUUUGCCCCAAGGUUUUUGAAAUUUCUCCUAAGCCUACCCUGUUCCUCUGACUCUACUCACAAUCAGCUUACUCAUCUAACCCCCUUUCCAGCUUUUCGGUGGCGUUGGAAUCAUCCACGGCAACUUCCCAACUGCCGAACUUCAAGCUGCUGAAGUUCUCAAAGUCAAACGUUUCAAGCAAGGCUACGUGAUGCAACCAUAUUGCUUGAAACCCGAUUCAACUGUCGCCGACAUGAUCGAAAUCAAAAAACGCUAUGGUUACACCGGAGCCCCGGUCACCGAAACCGGAUUCGUUGGAUCCAAGCUUUUGGGAAUGGUUACAGCUCGUGAUUUUGAUUUCAUCACUAUGAACAGCAAUUCAACGGUGAGCUUGAUAGGUUUCAUAGGUUUCAUACGUGAAUAUGUAUUGUUUUUUAGGCUGACGUCACUAUGGAAACACCAAUUGCUCAGAUUAUGGUGCCAGUUGAGAAAUUGACAUUGGGAAAUGCUGCCGAUGCUCCGGAGGUUUCAAUCAAGACUUUGAAGAAGUGUCGAUUGGGUAAAUUUCUUUUGGAAUAUUUUCAAUAAAAAAUCAAUAAAUUGAUAAUUUUCACAUAAUUUGCAUAAAAAAUUGAAUUUUUUUCAAAACAAUUGGAAAAAAAAUCAAUUUUUUAGGCAAACUCGCAAUCGUCAACAAAAAAGGCGACUUGUGUGCGUUGCUUUGCCGCUCGGAUCUUCUGAAGACUCGUGAUUACCCAUUGGCUUCUCACGAUUCCAAAAAUCAACUUCUCGUUGGUGCCGCAGUCAACACCCGCGAAUCUUCCAAGAAAAAUGUGGAACUUCUUGUUGCUGCUGGCGUCGAUAUCAUCGUCAUUGUAAGUUUUCUGAUUUUAAAAAUCAAUAUCAAUAUCUUGAUUUUUUUCAGGAUUCUUCCAAUGGAACAUCAACCUAUCAGGUUGAGAUGUUGAGAUGGAUCAAGGCGACUUAUCCAAAGAUCCAAGUCAUUGCUGGAAACGUGGUGACCCGUCAACAAGCCAAAUUGUUGAUUGAUGCUGGAGCUGAUGCACUCCGUGUUGGAAUGGGAAGUGGAUCGAUUUGUAUUACUCAAGAAAGUGAGUUUGAACAUUCUACAGUACUCUCUUGAUACAGUAUAUUUUUAAUUAAAAAUUUAGAAACCUUCUGUCAGAACUUCAAUUAUUGAUUGAGGAUAGCUUAAAUUACAGCUUACAUUUUUUCAGUCAUGGCCGUCGGACGCGCUCAAGGAACCGCAGUCUACGAUGUUUCUCGCUACGCAAAACAAUUUGGCAUCCCAGUGAUUGCUGACGGUGGAAUUCGUGACGUUGGUUACAUAACCAAAGCGGUUUCAUUGGGCGCAUCUGUUGCGAUGAUGGGUGGACUUCUUGCUGGAACUACUGAAGCUCCAGGAGACUACAUCUGGGGACCAAAUGGGGUUCGAGUCAAGAAAUAUCGUGGAAUGGGAUCGUUGGAUGCCAUGGAAGCGCAUGCUUCAAGCCAGGAUCGCUAUUUUACUGCGUAAGCUUUUCUAGUGCUUCACAGAAUGUUUGCAAGAUAAUUUUUCAGCGACUCUGACCAAAUCAAGGUUGCUCAAGGUGUCACCGCCACCAUGAAAGAUCGUGGAUCUUGCCACAAGUUCAUUCCAUACUUGAUUCGCGGAAUCCAACACGGUCUUCAAGAUAUCGGCGCGAAAUCUAUCGCUGAAUUGCGCCAAAACGUCGAUGACGGUUUGAUCCGUUUCGAGCGUCGCUCAACCAAUGCUCAACUCGAAGGCGGAGUUCACUCCCUUCACUCGUAAGUUAUUCUAACUCUUGGCUUUUGAAUUGAUAAAAAUUUGAAAAAUGGGUUUUUGCAGAUUCGAGAAACGUCUCUAUUAA